UUGUCGACGCUGAAUAUGAGGCGACGACAAUCACUGUCAAACGUGUUCACUAUUACUCUGACUCUGGUAACGUGACUUCCUGGUAACGUGUUAGGUAGGAAAAGCAGUAAAAAAGUGCAUAUUAAGGGAGCAGAUUUGAAAUAAUAUUUAUACUUAACAAGAAAUAAUUAAAGGUUCAAUGGGGAGACCUAAAGAUUUACGCAUAUGGGAGCACUACCGUACUUUACUAAACAAGUCUGUUUCUUGCAAGCUUUGUAAUAAGGUCUACAAAUUCAGUAAUGCUGCCAAAAUGCUUCAACAUCUUAUCACUUGUCCAAAAUCUCCAGAAACAUUAAAAGACUCUAUGAAACUUAUAAAAGAUAGCUCGUCCAAAACCAAAAUGUCUGGACUGUCAGAGAUAGAGACAAAUGAUUCUUUUAUAAGCCCCUCGUCGUCUGCUAACACUACAAUAAAUGCUGAGUUUCAAGACACCGAUGAUCAUAUAAAAACAGAAUUAGCCAGAGCUAUAUUUGUAACAGGGACGCCAUUAUCGAUGGUGCAACAUCCUUUAUGGAUACAAUUUUUCGAAAAAUUGCAACCAAAAUUUAAAAUACCUUCACGUAAAGCUUUAGCGACAAAAUACUUAGAUAAAAUAUAUAGAGAAAUGCGUUUUGAGUUAAAUGAGGAACUAAAUGCUUGUAGUUACUUACACCUUCAGUGCGAUGGCUGGUCUAAUUUAAGAAAUGAAGGAAUAAUAAACUUUCUUAUAUCAAAACCUCAACCUGCAUACGUUAAAAGUUUGAAUACAGAAAGUAAUCCUCACACUAGUGAAUACCUUAGCCAAGAAGUUGAAAAAGUAAUGAAAGUGUAUGGAGCAAAUAAGUUUCUUGUACUUAUUGGCGAUAACGCUAGAAAUAUACAAAAGGCAUUCGAAUUAACAAAACUCAAAUAUCCACAUGUUGUUCCUCUCGGUUGCUGUGCACAUAUCCUUAACUUGUUGUGCCAAGAUAUUGUAAAGAUACAAGAAGUAACUGUGUUUAUUAUGCAAGCCAUAAAUAUAAUAAAAACUGUUAAAAGGAGUCAACGAUUAAGUUCCUUGUUGAUAAAAUCAAGGCAGGGUGAAGAUUCUACACAAACACUAAAAUUGCCUUGUGCUACAAGAUGGGGAAGUCAUGUUACUUCGUUAAAAAGUUUGAAAGCAAAUAAGAUAGCUUUGCAAAUAUUAACAGUUAGAGAAGAUGUGGUAAUUUCAAGAGAUAUUAAAGAUUUAAUUCUAAGUGAUGAUUUCUGGACGAAGACAGGGGAAUGUAUAAGUAUUUUGGAACCAGUCACUGAAAGCAUAUUUUACUUAGAGAGCGACCAGAAUCGUUUGCAUCGCACAUACAUUACAUUUAGAGAUGUACAAGCUAAGAUACGUUUUGCAUUAAAUGAGAUUUCGACAUUGAGCGAAGAAAGCAAACAGCAGAUUCUAACAUCAGUAUCUUCAAGAUGCAAUAUGGCAAUGAGGCCAAUACAUUUUGCAGCAUAUAUUCUAGACCCCAGGACUCUAGGAGUCGAACUUACUCAAGAGGAAGAACUUAAGGGUAUGGAGUUUAUCUACAAUUUAAGCCAACACUUAAGUUUGUCAAAUGUAAUGGCAGAUUUGGCGUGUUAUAAAGCUAAAGAAAACUUUUGGGCCAGAGGAUUUGUAUGGAGCUCAUUAGAUAGCAUUGAGCCCCUAAUAUGGUGGAAAGGUAUUUGUGGUUCCACUGAGUUAAGCAAAGUAGCGAUUCGUAUUCUAUCAGCUCCCUGUACUUCGGCAGCCACUGAGCGUUCCUUUAGUAUCCAAGGCUACAUACAUAAUAACAAAAGAAAUCGACUUACAACUGAAAGAACUGAAAAAAUUUCAUUCAUUUGUUAUAACUGGAAUCUUAAACAUAAAGCUGAAUGCGAGGACAUUCAGUUUAAUGAAGAAAAUACCUUAGAAGCUUUCAUUGAGCAAGUAAAUGAACAUAACAGUUUAGACGAAAUAGAGCCUAUCGAACCUAUACAAUUCAUCGCUUGUAAUAACUCUGAAUCUGACAGUGAUUGACUGUAGUUUUACAUUUUACUUUCAUCUCUUUCUUAAUAAACUCAAAAUCAAAUUAAAAGUUUUUUAUUCUGUAGGCUGCAUAAUAAUAUUGUCUAUGUCCAGUAUAGUGGACGUCUUGCGGCUGAGAUGACGAUGAUGAAGUACAAAAUCAUAAACACCCAAAAAUUUGGGUGUUUAUGGGGUUUAAACCCAAUAAACCCAAAACACCCGGUUUUUACCCACCAGACUUUAAACCCACCCAGGUGGAUUGCCCAUC